UUGGCACGAUAUUCAAGAUAUCGCAGUAUAUUUUCAUAAAGGAAACUACUCACAAGGUCGAAGAGUUUUCAGCAACCUUUUGGAUUGCAAGCGUUUCAUCACCAAUCGAGGUGACAACGUCAGUGCACUCAGCCCUGCACUGACGAUGUCACCUCGAUUGGUGAUGAAACGUUUGCAAUCCAACUGCCAAGCUCGCGCACCCGAGCUACCUACAUUCCAAAACGUUGCUAAUACUUUCUGCACCUAUUCAUCACAUUUUGGUCCCAGUCAACUUUUGAUUGAACAUGGUCGUAAACAUAAAAAGUGCAUCCAGGUGAUAGAUGUGGAAGAGUGUACAGAAGAAUAUUA